ACUUCACAAAUACACAGAGCAACAUUUCAAUGAUUUCAUUAUUCAUAAGCUGUAGGGGAUUUAGUAUGAGCACACUGCACAGCUAGUAACAAAUUUGAGAUGUGGAGCUUUGGAUCCAAGCCCUCAGUUGUUCUAGUAUAUACGACAAUACCACUUAGCAGAAGCUGAUCAGCACUUGAAUGAGGGUCUUGUAAUGCUGGACUGCAGUAGCUGUGUCGUUCUUUGGAAGAGGAUCCAGAGAUGAAUAUAUUCUGAGAUAUUAUGCUGUGCCAAAGCAGGACUCAUUCGCCUCUCAAACUAAUGUAGAAAUGCUUCAUGAGCAUUGCAAGAAAACUGUCCACCCACAGACAAACAACCUGGGGACCUCAUAGAAGCCUAUUUGAGACAAGAAUAUUCAAUAUCUAUUAUAUACACCUAGAGGCAUAGUUUGGUCAAGAUGUUUUCCGCUCUGAAGAAGCUCGUUGGUUCGGAGCCAGCUGGUCAGGUAAAGGACAAGAACAUCCCUGUUGGCCUGCAGUCAAUGAACCAGAGUCUGCAGAGAAGAUUUGCUAAAGGGGUUCAAUACAACAUGAAGAUAGUUAUUCGAGGAGAUAGAAACACUGGAAAAAGCACCCUGUGGCAUCGGCUGCAGGGUAAGAAGUUCCAGGAAGAGUACAUUCCCACUCAGGAGAUCCAGGUCACUAGUAUUCACUGGAAUUACAAAACUACUGAUGAUGUGGUGAAGGUAGAGGUUUGGGAUGUGGUGGAUAAAGGCCAAAAAAUCCCCCUUCCAGAAGGUGUAGGAAAGGGGAAAAAGAGAGGUGAAACCUUGAAGUUGGAGAAUGAACCUCAAGAGCAGACGGAGAGUGAACUGGCCUUGGAUGCUGAGUUUUUGGACGUGUAUAAGAACUGCAAUGGUGUGAUCUUGAUGUUUGACAUCACCAAGCAGUGGACUUAUAAUUACAUUCUGCGGGAGUUGCCGAAGGUACCCACUCAUGUGCCUGUGUGUGUACUCGGAAAUUACCGGGACAUGGGAGAACACAGAGUCAUUUUGCCCGAUGACAUCCGUGACUUCAUUGCUGGCCUUAACAGACCCCUUGGCUCCUCUUACAUCCAUUAUGCAGAAUCUUCCAUGAAGAACGGUUUUGGUUUAAAAUAUCUGCACCGAUUUUUCAACAUUCCGUUCUUACAGCUUCAGAGAGAGACCCUGUUACGACAGCUAGGGACCAAUCAGUUGGACAUUGAUGCCACGCUAGAGGAGCUAACAGUUCAGCAGGAGACAGAAGACCAGAAUUAUGAGAUUUUCCUGGAAACUUCCUCUCGUAGUAAAGGCUACAGCUCUCCCGGCCCUGCUAACGGUCAGAGCCCCUCCUCAGGCUCGCAGUCUCCAGUCGUUCCUCAGAGCGGAUGCUCCACCAGCAGCUCCAGCCCCUGUAGCCCCCAGCAGCCUCCCAUUCCGUCCCAGACCCUGAAGUCUCCAUCCCCCUCUCCGUCCCCUCCUCCUCCCCAAGUGGCUGCGACCUCUCCCUCCCCUUCCCCUGCUCACCCCGGCCCGACGGUCUCUGCUCCAGCUCAGGCUUCUGCCUCUGCUCCUCAAACCCAGAAACGCAGCUUCAUCUCCAGGCUCUUUGGCUCCGCUCCCACCCAGGAUCCUCCAGCAGUCGGUCAGGAUCCAGUCUCUGCAGCGGCUCCGCCUACAGUUCAGAGCGUGGAUGAUUUUGUGCCAGACGAGGGACUAGACAAAAGCUUCUUAGAGGACAGUCUCCCUUCUAACCCAAAACCGGCUAUGAACACCCAGCCCUCUGCUGUGGGCCCUGCAGAUAGUGACAGUGAUGGGGAAGGAAAAAUUUACACUUUUCUUUUGUUGCUUUGAAAUGAGUACAUUUGCAUUCUGGAUUAAAACAAGAUUGAUAGUUCGUUUUAAAACGGAAUAAAAAUUCACAAACUAAACUAAAAUGGCACAUGAUGACCACAAGCAAGACUGGUGAACUAGUACUGGCGCUUCAUCCCAGUCUAACUUGUGCACUAAUGCAUUGUGUUUGCAUGUGGUGGUGUUAACCGGUCGCCUGUUGCUGCCCGUGCUGUUGAACGUUUGUACAGUAGCUCACACUUGGAGAUACUGGAGUGCAGAGGUUCUUAAUCCUGGUCCAGGGUCGAGCUGAUGAUCUGAAUCAGGUGUGAUAAAUAAAGAAGACCUCCAAAAAUGCACAAAGCAGGGGAUCAACAGGACAAAAGUUAAGAACCACUGCUGAAGUGAUUUUGUUCACAGCUCUACAUUCAGAUAGUGUUGAGCAAUGGUUCAGAGGGUGGUUUUGUGUCUUGAAACUUAAGUGUCAUUUUUGAGUGUCUGAGAACAAUGUCCAUAAAUUUCGCAGUCACACAGCAGCUUUAAGGUGGAGUUCCGGUUGAAGCCCUGAAGCAGUUUUCAAAGAAAAUACAUUUCUUAAAUAAAGCUGCUAACUUUAGACUCGCUGCUGACCCCUGCUUAAUCGACUAGUUUUAGUUUUGAGUGAGACGAUCAAACUUAAGAUGCGCUUUUCCCUUCUGCAGCACCCAUUCUCUUAGGGCUCUGAUAAGAGCAGGAAGAACAGAAACUUCGUAGCAUUUCCUUCAGAUCAAAUUUGUGGCAGCAUGGGGUGAGGUAGUGCUUCUGGGUGCUGUAUUCUUCUUUCAGUUAGUUCAGUUUAUACCAUACACUCAAAAGCAUGUCUUUGCAAUACAGUCGUGCUGUUUAAUAGCAAUAUUAAAGUUCCUUUUCCUCCCAUUCAGCUGGUUUCAAUAGGACUGACUGAAGCCUACAGUGAUGGGGCCUUAUGUGAGCUACAUUUUCCAUCUGUCCUUUUAAUGGAGUCUUAAUAUAUGUAACUUAUUGAUUCAUAACUGACACUUGUACUAAAGGCAGAGCUUUGGUUCUUAUCUAACAAUAUUCGAAUGGGGCUGGGUCCCCCGCUGAGUUGUACUCAUUCCAAAUACGAUGCCUAUGGAAGAUUCACUAGGCGAUUCUAUGUCUCUUGUUCAUGAAAGAUGGUUUCACAUCCCCUCAGUGACUAAUGGAAAUGAAUAUGUUGUAGUUUCAGUCAAACCUGACUAUCUUUAUAUAUUUCUGCUUGAUUACACACUUGCUCUGUUCUUAACAGAGCUGAAGUGCUUCUGGACUCUUGUAGAAUGAUGAUGUGGUACUCCCAAGUGUAGGAUUUUCCGAAGAAACCAGUGGUAAUAAUAUCGCUCAAUACAAAAGGGGGUAAUUGCGUUAUCAAGCAUUUGUAGAUGGCACUAUAUGCUCUUCUCUAUUCAUAACGGUUGAGAAAGCAAGACUAUCGGUUUAUUUUUGUAUAGAUUUGGAUGCACAACUAGUCCUAUUGAGAUUUAUGAUACAAUUAAAGCUAAAAAAUGAAUUGUGUGGCUUUAAAACGACAGCCGAGAAACCUCUAUAGAAUUAGACUCUGGUUUAGGAACUGUUUUACCCACCAAAUUCCAGCCUGCCUUGUUGUAUAAGAAACUAUAACUGGUCCUAGAUCAUCAGAACAGUAACUACUUCUGGCAACUUUGGAUGUUUGCAGCAUUUCCUUAAUGGCUUUAACGUCCCUCAGGAUACAUGUGGGACAAAGACUUUUUUUUUUUCUCCUUGUAUCGUUGCAAGCACCUCUUUUGUUCACACUUUUAUAGUUUCCAUUAAGCCCAAAAUAAGAUAAUCAGACAGUAUAUAAAAUUCAGUUUCUGCUUUCGCACAAGGGCACGAAUGCAAAAGGGUGAAACUUUAGCCACCAUUUUUCAGAACAGGAAAUAUAACGAAAGAUCAAUUUUGUUUAAAAAGAUUAGUUUAGCAUAUGUUAGGUGAACUGCAAUGUGUGUAUAGUUGAAUAUGUCUAAGGGGUGUUUGCGGAAAAACGGUGUAUUCUGCCAUGUACAGUUACUUUUUCUUUUUUUUUUAAAGAUUACUUUAAAUUGUAUUUGUUUUUAUUUUUUGUG